GUCCGGGUCCCCGCCGAGCCGCCGCCGCCAACACCGAGGUGCCCAGGCCCUCCCCAGCCGCAGCCGUCACCGUGGAACGGGCUGCGCGGCGCAAGCACGAGGAGGCGGCCGCCAGCGCCGCCCGCAGCGGAGGAGGAGAAAGGGUGCGCAGCCCGGAGGCGGGGUGCGCCGGUGGGGUGCAGCGGAAGAGGGGACCAGGGGGGGACUUCGUAGCAGUCAUCCUUUUUAGGAAAAAGAGGGGGGGCAAACCCUCCCCCACCACCUCCUUCUCCCGCAGCGCACCACACACAGUGCGCGGGCUGCUCCUUGGGCACCCGCGGCCCCAGCGCGUCCGUGCCUGCAUUUAGCAAGCUGCUUUUUUUCCCGUUUCGGAAAGCGCGUUGGCCCUUCGGAGUUUAAUCAGAAGAGGAUUCCGGUCCCGGUCCCCCAGCUCCUCCAUCGUCCCCUUGGCGUGUCUCUCUGCCCUGGAGGUCUGAAGCGGUCCGGUGGAUACGGAUCCAUGCCUGCGCUCCAGCGUGUGUGUGCAAGUGUAAAUUGCCGAGAAGAAGGGAGAAUCACAGGACUUCUGCAAAUGCUGGACUGAAAAAUUGUAAUUCAUCUGCCGCCGCCGCCGCUGCCUUUUUGCCCCGCUGCGGUGCUCUUGAGAUCUCUGGUUGGGAUUCCUACGGAUUGACAUUCUCAGUGAAGCCGGAGUGUGAGGACCCAAUCUGGAAACCCUCCUGAUUUUUCCUCCACCUAGCCCCCAGACCCCAACUCCCGAUUCAUUGCAAGUUGUAAAGAAGCUUAUACAAGGAGACUUCUGAAGAUCGAUGGUGUGGUUGCCUUAUGUAUUUGUUUGGGUUUUACCAAAAAAGGGUAAACUUGACAGAAGAUCAUGCCGUCCUUAGAAAAUACAGUAAGUUCUUUGCACAGGAAUUUUGUUUAAUAUAACUUUCCAUGGACGCGUUUGAAAUAUUUUUUUACUUCAAGUGCAUUCAAGCAAAUUUCAUUUCCAGACAGUUUAAUGCAUUUUUAAACGUGUAACUUGUAGCGGAUAUACCUUUCUUACCCUAAAUAUAUAAAGGAAAACACACCUGAUUUUAACUUCCUAGGUCGUCCCGCCUCUUCACCUUUCAGCAUUGCGGAGGAAGUAGACUGAUAUUAACAAAGCUUAAUAAAUAAUGUACCUCAUGAAAUAAAAAGCAGAAAGGAAUUUGAAUAAAAAUUUCCUGCAUCUCAUGCCAACGGGGAAACACCAGAAUCAAGUGUUCGGUGUAACUAAAGACACCCCUUCAUCCAAGAAUGCAAAGCACAUCCAAUAAAAGAGCUGGAUUAUAACUAUUCUUUUUUUUUUUUUUUUCUUUCGGGGCCGUGGGGCGGGAGUCGGGACUUGAAGUGCCAUUGGUACCUGCAGCUUCUUUUCGGGGAAGGAUGGCGCAAGCCGGGAGAACAGGGUAUGAUAACCGGGAGAUCGUGAUGAAGUACAUACAUUAUAAGCUGUCACAGAGGGGCUACGAGUGGGAUGCUGGAGAUGCGGACGCGGCGCCCCUGGGGGCUGCCCCCACCCCUGGCAUCUUCUCCUUCCAGCCUGAGAGCAACCCAAUGCCCGCUGUGCACCGGGACAUGGCUGCCAGGACGUCUCCUCUCAGGCCCCUCGUUGCCACCGCUGGGCCUGCGCUCAGCCCUGUGCCACCUGUGGUCCAUCUGACCCUCCGCCGGGCUGGGGAUGACUUCUCUCGUCGCUACCGUCGUGACUUCGCAGAGAUGUCCAGUCAGCUGCACCUGACGCCCUUCACCGCGAGGGGACGCUUUGCCACGGUGGUGGAGGAACUCUUCAGGGAUGGGGUGAACUGGGGGAGGAUUGUGGCCUUCUUUGAGUUCGGUGGGGUCAUGUGUGUGGAGAGCGUCAACAGGGAGAUGUCACCCCUGGUGGACAACAUCGCCCUGUGGAUGACUGAGUACCUGAACCGGCAUCUGCACACCUGGAUCCAGGAUAACGGAGGCUGGGAUGCCUUUGUGGAACUAUAUGGCCCCAGCAUGCGACCUCUGUUUGAUUUCUCCUGGCUGUCUCUGAAGACCCUGCUCAGCCUGGCCCUGGUCGGGGCCUGCAUCACUCUGGGUGCAUACCUGGGCCACAAGUGAGGUCGACAAACCUGCCCCAAACAAAUAUGCAAAAGGUUCACUAAAGCAGUAGAAAUUAUAUGCAUUAUCAAUGAUGUACCAUGAAACAAAGUUGUGAUCUUUUUUUAAAGCAGAACACACACACACACACACACACACACACACACACACACACACACACACACACACAUUCAGGCAAAUGGUCGAAUCAGCUAUUUACUGCCAAAGGGAAAUAUCAUUUAUUUUUUACAUUAUUUAGGAAAAAAAAGAUUUAUUUAUUUAAGACAGUUCCACCGAAACUCCAGGCUUUGAAAACCGAACCAGGAAUUGCCAAGAAACGUGUGGCUCCACCUGCUGGCCUGUGCCUGUGGUCAUGGAUCUGUUUUCAAUAUUGGCCAAACUGGCCCACCAUCUAAAGAGCAAGUGGCACAGGACCCUGACGGCUGGGGAAGCCUGCAGUCUGGCUGCUAGAAGCUUUGAAGAAGGCUUCAAUGUGAUCUCUAUAUACUGGCCCUGGGGGCCAGGAUGCUAGAAGGAGCAGGUGCCUACAAGAAAGCCUGGUCUUCCAUGGACUGGAGAAGGGACUUUUGUAUAUGACUCACAUGGUACAUACCCAGUCAGAGGACAAAGGCUGGAAACUUCAGAUGAACUUGGUACCCACUGAGACUUCCCUGCUGAAAGACAGUGGUGGGAAAAUGCCCUUAAUCAUAGGAAAUUAUUUUUUUAAGCUACCAAUUGUGCCGAGAAGCAUUUUAGCAGUUUAUACAAUAUCAUCCAGUACCUUAAGCCCUGACUGUAGAUAAUCAUAUAUUUUGGAUACGCACACCCCCUCCUCCAAUACUCACUCUGUCUGAGGAGGAAACAAAGGCUUCUGGAUUCCAGGAAGUGGAUGUGUGACGACUUCUUCAGCAUCAGGAAGAAUGGGGUCACCUAGCGCUUCAGGCAGCCACAAGUGCCUGCUUUAUGGAGACCAACAUCUGCAGAACCUCCCUGUGGCUCAGCAACUUGGCCUGGGCAGCCUGCCCUGAGUGUGGCCCUCACCAGCCUCCUCACCGGGUUUGGAACAGAGCAGCUGGUCUCUGAGCUCAGACUUACCCAGUAAGAAAGAGCAAUAUAAUAGAGACUCACCAGGGUCUGCUACCCUCAGGCCCUCCAGGCUGGGCCUGUCUGGAGCAGGAGAACUGCUCUUUCUAAGACACUUGCCACUGUAGAGAGGAGAACGCAGGUAGUGCCCAUCCUGCCUGAGGGCAUAGUGAAGGCAGGAAGACCACCACACAGAAGAAGAAGCCCGGCGGAGCUUUAGGUGGCCACAGGUACCUGCUGGCAGUGCUGUCACAUUUAAGGCAAGGCUUUAAGUUACUUUGGCCAAAAAUCCUAAGGAGGCAGUGAAGCGAGGCUCACGGAGUCGAUGACCCGUGUCUAUGGAUUUACAUGUAAAACAUUAUCUUGUAGUUUGGUUCUAUUUGAAAAUCUGACAGAGAGAGAGAAUAAAAAGUUUCAGGAAUGUAUGGAAUGUGGAGAUUAUCUAUACAUCCUGGGGCCAAAAAAAAAAAAAAAAAAAAAAAAAGAUGGUAUAUUAUGGAGGAAUAACAAAAGAAGUGAUGAAAUUUCCAGCUAAUGAAAGGGGAACCACUUUUUCCCCAAGUUCAGAAUUAGCAUGGGGGUAUUUGUGGAAUUACCUUUGGGGCAUUAUCACACCCUGUACCAUUCAUCUGUAUUAACGUUGGAAUGUACUUCACUCAAUGUUUAUUGCUGUGGUUGAUAUUUCAAAAGCUGCUUUCAAAAAGAAUCCAUGCAUCUCAGCAUUGUUUAAAUUGUAUUUAGUUAUGACCUCUAGAAUGUUUGUUAGUCACACAAACAGAAAAAGAUACUUUUUCCAUUUGAGGUAUUUGUCUCUUGAUUCUUCAAAAGCAUUUCUGAAAAGGUGGGAACAGCUUUAGAGAGAUGCGAGGAACCGAUGGAGCUGGGCUUGCCUGUUCCCUCCGCUGUGCUGUUGGAGCCUACCCCUCUGCCGGGACAGACCCUGGGAUUGCUUAUCAUGAUGGAUAUAGCUGUUGCCCACUCGACCUUGUUUCUUCCAGGUUUACUUGUCCCUGGACGAUUCAGCAUUUAACUCAAGUUACCUAGGAUUUCAUGCAUGUUUGGUUAAACCCAUGAUGUUCAUUCACUUAGAAAUCCAGAUGGGAAGCAGAGCAAGGGGUUAGGACCUGGCUCUAGCAGCUGGGCCUUCAGAGGGUUGCUUUGUGUGGCCUGUUGGGCAUAGAUGUGUCAGGACUCCUCUUAUCCCCUGUCCCCCAGGCCUGCCUCCCUGUGCAGAGAGAGAGAGAACAAGGGAGAGAGCAGGAGAGCCAGAACUCCCCAGUAGGUCUCAGAGAACAGGAUGAUCAGAACUUUUCAAGUUAUUCUAGUUUUUAAGCGAAAUAUUAUCCUGUGAAAGGUUUACAUUCUCCACGCGAUGAAUAUGGAAUAAGAAACCCUGUGCUGCUAUCCUGCCAAGAUCAUUGUAAUGGAGGAGUCGGUUUGCAGUACACACCAAGUGACCGGCUCCUUCAAGCUGCUUCUUGAAGUAACGAUGAAGAACACAGACAUUUAUUUUAAAUAUAAAACCUGUUUCUCUUUUGUUUUUGUUGCUAUUGUUCAAACUUGGAUUUGUAGAGUAUUUGAAAAAAAUGUAUAUACAUUUAAAAGAAGAAGCAGCAGCAGCUCAUAGGAGUCCUUCAGGUGUGGGAUUUUGUUUUCUGAUUUGAAUGGCAAAUUCUCCAAGUCCCUGGACCCUAGAACUGGACAGUAUUGUGGCUGCAUUUGCUCUAAAAGUAGUUGGUGAUGCAAUUUUUUUUCUUGUUAAAAACAUGUUAGAAGCAAAGAGUAUACAUAGAAUCUGACUUGACUAGCCUUUUUCUUCCUCUUUUUUUUUAAUAACCUCAAUUAUUUUGCAAUCAGACAACAGAGAGCCAUCUGCAUGUAGUUCAUAUUUCAGAAGGGCUUCACACCCAAAUCUCACCUCCUCUGUAAGCUUUGAAAUCUCUCCAUCAAUCAAAGCCAAGCAGACGUAGAAGUGGGCUGAGAGACUCAGAGAGAGCCAUCGAGAAGAGCAGCCCAAUGCCCUCCAGAGCCCCAGUACCCGCCCAGGCUCUCUGAGAGAUGGCAAAAAAAACAGAGAGGUUGAUCUUCAGUGAUUCCUCAGGGCCUGAACUUGCGUGAAGGCUUGAGAUGUCCAUGAGAGCCACAGUUAAGGGAGCACUUUCAUGUAGUUCAAGUAAAACCCUCCAUCCUGUCCAGCUCGCUUGUCUCUGGAUGUUUGGGUGUGGCCUUUAUUCAUACAUACAUACAUUUUUUCCACAGGCAUAUUCUUAUUUAUUACAUCUAAGAGCAUUGCUGGGUCUAGGAAAGGGGGAAGCAGGGUUUAGGAAGUGCUCAUAAGCCAGGAGGGAUUAUAAUAAUCAGGACUGAAUGUAGAUAAUGGGUGGCAGUACCCACAUGUGUAGGUCCCACACUGAAUAGAAUAGGCAGAAUUGUGAAUAGCCCGUGUUUGUAAUGGAGCCUAGACUAAAACAACUCAUAAAUGUGAGCUUCAACUCUAACUGUGCUUUGAAGGUGAUGGGUGUCUCUAUACUUCCUUAUCAGUUACAGUUAGAAAUGUACACCUACCCUAUCAGGAAAAAAUAACAGGAAAAGGUUGAAAUAUAAGCCAGUCUAAGGAAAUUAGGGAGCCACUAAAGUUCUCUUCUGAGCUUAUACUAUGGUCUCUAUUGCAGCUCAGACAAAUAUGAUCACACACUUUUUAAGAAAUACAAUUCUCCAUUGUCGGGCCCAUGAAGGCUCUGAUCUGAUCUGUAUUGUUGCCCAAUUUGGGUCUUUCAGGGAUUUUUCUAUGCCAUUAUUAUAGGGACAAAGGACACUUGUUAUGAGGUGGGAGAGAUGAAGAAUUCUUACAUGAGUAGAACAUUUCCUAGAUUGGGCCAGGGUGUGAAGGUCUUCAGCAAAAUCAAGGCUGUGAGAAGUGAGGGACCUUUAUGGGGGUCAAAGUUAUGUUCGCCUGAGGACUUUUUGCAAGAAGCAAGGAAGCUCUAUGGUACAUUUAUACUCCAGGGACAUUGACCUAGUUCAAAGUCUGGCUUAAUAUGGUCAAGCAAUAGCAUAUGUUUCAAGUUGGAUAUGGCUAAUGAGUGUUUAAACAGUAAGUUUGACAUUUUAACCAACAGGGUAUUUAAACAACAACUUUCCAGUUGGUAGGGACAUCUGUUUCUCUCUGUUUAUUAUACACAACAUAGAAAAAAUUCAAUAAGAUUGAAUUAAGUAAAACAUUGUGAGACUGAGUUAGGUAAACGAUUGUGGCAGUCCCUUAGCCUUGGCCAGGGAAUUAUUCAAUCCGCUAUAGACAUCUGUGCACUGUGCAUCUCUCCAGGCAUGAAGAAAACCAGGUAGAGGGCAGAUGGCACCUGAGCACUUCAUCCUGGAUAUCUAAGAAGAAUAACAUAAAGCCAGUGUUCCAUGCACCAAGUCCAGUACAGAAGACAAAAAGAGUCACAGAAGAUGGAAAAGCUAGCUAAUCAGAAAUCCUGGGAAUGUUAAGUGUGCCGGCCAUGUGGCUAUGCGGCAAUGCCUGUACCUUCCCACUUGGGAACCUGCAGUGGGCCCUCCAGCUGGCUCCCUUCAUGAAAUCCUCCCCUCCGAGAUAACAUCUGAAGGAUUGAUGGCAGAUUCAGUUUCCAUUAGGAGAUAUUUUCCUUUGGAGACAGGGGUUCUCUAUUAAAAUAUCUUCUUAGGUUUUCAGCUAAACUUUGCUUUGGCUUCAGCUAUAGUGGGGUUCUUUCUAAGUAAAGUAAUGUUCAAAUAAGUGUUUUGUAUUGGAAGCUUUGUUAUCAAGAUUUUCAUACUUAUAUCCAUGGGCUGCUUUUAAGGUUGAUACUUUUAGGCGUGGCUGAUGCCUAUAGCACUGUACAUACAAGAAAUAUAUAAGUGUAUUUGGCAUACUUAAGGUAAAAUAAGUCUCCAGUUGGCUACUGUUACAUAUAAUGGCUCUUUGUUUGUGUUGUUAGAAAACAUUACAUUGCCAUUAACUCCCCAUGUCUGUCUGAAAAAAUAAAAUAAAAUACAGUGAGCAGCACC